CCAAGUCACCGUCACCUCGCAAAGAGAAGAAUGAUGCUGUCCAGUCCCUCACGCACCGUGUGCGCGCGCUGCAUCAGCCGCGGUCGACACUUCUCCACGACCGUUCAUCAAAAUGCUCAACCGCGCCGCGACCAUGGGACUCCCGCUCCCCCGCCGGAAGCCGGCUAUACUCGACUCACGAACAGAGGCCUCAUCUCCGUGACGGGGCCCGACAGCACCUCAUACCUCCAGGGCCUGGUCACCCAGAACAUGGUCAAACAGAGCGCCGAGGGCAAAGGCUCGUACGUCGCAUUCCUCAACUCGCAAGGCCGCAUCCUGAACGACGCCUUCAUCUACCCGGCCCCCGAGACCAACGGCUCCUCCUCCGCCGACCCGGGCUGGCUCAUCGAAGCGGACGCCGCCGAGCUCCCCGCGCUCCUGAAGCACCUCAAACGCCACAAACUCCGCGCCAAGCUGCAGCUGCGCGCGCUCGACCCCACCGAACGCACCGUCUGGGCCUCGUGGAAGAACCACAACCCCCAGCACGGCGACGGCCGCUGGGCCGCACACAGCAUGGGCGACUCGGCCUCCGAGCAGGAAGGAGCAGGAUGGGGCGCCGUGGGCGCCAACAUCACAGGCUGCGUGGACACCCGAGCCCCGGGGUUGGGGCUGCGACUCGUCACGCCGGGCGACGCGGACCUGCGCACGCAUCUCGCGCGCCAGCUCGAGGAGGCGGGCGCCCAAGAGGCCAGCCUGGGGUCCUACACGGUGCGGCGCAUGCUGCGCGGCGUCGCCGAGGGCCAGACGGAGAUCCUGCGGGCCGCCUCGCUGCCCCUCGAAUGCAACAUGGAUCUGGCCCAGGCCAUCGAUUUCCGGAAGGGCUGCUACGUCGGCCAGGAGCUGACCAUCCGCACCCGCCACACCGGGGUCGUGCGCAAGCGUAUCCUGCCGGUGCAGUUGUAUGCCGAUAGUUUACCGGAAGGAGUCCGGGGGGGCCCGGUUUAUGAUCCCUCGGUGGACGCGGGGCUGCUGGCGCCCCCCGCCGGCGUGCAGGGUUUGGAUAUCUCCAGGGUCGGGCCGGUGAAGGGCCGCAGCGCUGGGAAGUUCCUGGCUGGCGUCGGGAAUGUCGGGCUGGCGCUGUGUCGGUUGGAGAUGAUGACGGAUGUUGCUCUCUCGGCGGACGGGGCCACGCAGUUUACCCCGGAUCGGGAGUUCAAAAUUAGCUGGGAUGCGGCGGCGGUGGAGGGGGGUGGGUCGGAGGGGGCGGAGGGGGAGAGGAUUCGGACUGUCAAGGUUAAGGCGUUCGUGCCGCCGUGGACGAGGGAGUAUAUCGCUUCCGGCACGCAGCAGGCUCGUGCUCGGGAUCCGAUUCGCGAGGGCCAGAGGGCGAGGGAGCUUGCUGAGCGGUUGGCGGCGGAGGAGGAGGAGGAAGAGGACGCUCGACUGCAUGAGUAGUUCCACUUGUCUGUGGGUUUUAGAUGUACAGUAAGUGUAUGUAUGAUAAAAUGAUCAUGUGUAAUUUAGAUAGAAGGCUAGUUCAAG